AUGGAUCAGUAUGAGAUCAUGGAGCAGAUCGGUCGUGGAGCUUUUGGAGCUGCUAUUCUUGUUAAUCACAAGGCAGAGAAGAAGAAAUAUGUGUUGAAAAAAAUCAGGCUUGCGCGCCAGACUGAACGCUGCAGAAGAUCUGCUCAUCAAGAGAUGGCUCUUAUUGCUAGAAUUCAGCACCCUUAUAUUGUGGAAUUCAAGAAGGCAUGGGUUGAGAAGGGUUGCUAUGUUUGCAUUGUUACUGGCUACUGUGAAGGUGGAGACAUGGCUGCAUUGAUGAAAAAAUCAAAUGGAGUUUACUUUCCUGAGGAGGUAUUCUUUUGCUCACAAUGGGAGGUGUUUGACAUUGCUCAGAAACUGUGCAAGUGGUUUACUCAAUUACUGUUGGCAGUUGAAUACCUGCAUUCAAAUUUUGUUUUACAUCGAGACCUAAAGUGUUCCAACAUCUUCCUUACCAAGGAUCAGAAUGUUCGCCUAGGGGACUUUGGUCUUGCUAAGACACUAAAAGCGGAUGAUUUGGCUUCUUCG